CGUGGCACAUCUGUGAGAGAAUUCAGCGACGCACCAGUGACUCGGGCGUUCGACGUCAGAGGUGUUCCUGAAAUGGGAAGAUUGGUUCGAGAUAAGGGUUACGAUACCGCCUCUGGUUUAACUACUACAGAAUGGGCAUUUCGUGAGUUUGGAGGCUUUCUUCCAGCAAACCGCCGACAUUUCAAAAAUCAAGGAUGGCAUUUUACCUUUAUAUUAACCAUUUACAAAUAA